UUUCUGUACAUGCCGUCACAAGAAACACCCCGACAUUGCACAACAAACGGAAAGCCCGGCUAUAUAAACGUGGGGCGUUCCCGAAUUGUCACAGAAACGUUACCAUCAGGAUUGUUAGGGGUUAGACGAGCAGGAGGCAAGAAGGGACCGAACAGACCCGGUUAGGGUACCAAAAAGGCCGACCUUAGAGACAUUUUCAGGUGAUCCUGGAUUAUAAUUCCGUUGAGUGUUGUUUGGAAACAUACAAGAGAAUGGCGGCCACCGAAAGUGUUGAGACCUCCCAGACAUCGGAGGUAAACGUUGAUGUCCAGCUGUCCGAAAUCGACACGGUAAAACAGAGCUUCGUUGGGCAGUGUCGCGUGCUGACCAAUGUAGGUGACCACAGGCAUAUUGUGACUCUGGUCCCAAAGGACAAGGAGCUGGUCAUCAAAUUCCAACUGACAGCAAGCUAUCCUAAAGAUGCACCAGGGAUUUUGAUCAAAUCCGCUCUUCUGAAGGAGGAAGAGAUAGCCAACCUACAGAGUCACCUUCAGGAGAUGGCGGAACAGCUGAAGGGGGCGGGGAUUAUGCUGGCUCUUGCUGCUGAGGCCGAGACUUGGCUGAGGGGCCAAGAGAUCGUUUUGAAAGAGAGGAGUCAAGAAAACCAAGCAAAGAAAUCAAACAAAUAUGACAAUAAAGCAAAAGGGGACAAGCAAAAACGGAAGAAACGAAAGGAACAAAUAGAGGAAAAUGAAACAGAAAAUGUGAAGAAAGCAGCGAUGAAAACAGCUGAAGAUGUGAUUAAACGCAUACAAUGGGACGGACAGCUGCCACAGGACGAGUUCAUUGUAGGGUACAUCGAUAGGUUCAAAGGAAUUCAGGAAAAAUACUUCACUUCCUUCAGCUGGGAAGACAUUGCCACCGUGGACUACACUGUACUAGCUAUCCCUAAACACAGGAUUCAGUAUUUCAAAUACCGGGACAUAAUAAUCUGGGAUAAGAAUGCAAGACUGGACAAUGUCUUUGGAUCGUUGGGAAGUAAACUUACAGUGUAUGAUGUCAUUGAACAGUGUAGAAAAGAGGAUGAGAAAAAAGAGAUGGAAAGAAUGGAAGAUGAGAAUGAAGAUGAAGAAAAUGGUGAUGACGAUGAUGACAAUGACAGUGACAGUGAUGAUGGUAUUACUGUUUCUCUUGGCGCCACUUCACAGCCAGCCGUUGGCUCCAAUUUUGACGAAGAGCCUAUGUCGGAUGAUGAUGGAGGAAUUGACAAAUAUUGGCGGGACAAAAUGAGACCAAAUCACUUUUUAGCAUUGAGAAUUUCGAGUGAAGAUAUCAGAAAUACCGCGGAGGAUAUCCAGAAUAUCAUCUUAGAACACGAACCACAGUACAGCGAGUGUUGUAUCCCACCGAGGGCCCUCCACAUCACGCUGUGUACCCUCGGGCUGGACACGCUGGAACAGGUCGCAAAUGCUGUACGAGCAUUAAACAAGAUCAAACCCGAGCUUGAGACAUUAGUCCCAAAAGAUAAACCCAUUGUUAUGAAGGGUGUCGAACAAUUCUUCAAUCGCGUCCUUUACGCAAAGGUGGAAUGUCCGCCAGAAUUCUACCAGUUCGUUGAACAUUUAAAGCUAUGUUUGAAAGAAGAAGGUAUCGAGAUUCGUGAUAACCAUGACUUUGUUCCUCACAUGACAGUGAUGAAAAUCACCCGUCCUGUUGCCAGGGCAACUGGUAAAAAGUACAUAUCGCCUUGGCUUUACUCCAGUCAAGCUGAAGUGGACUUCGGGACACAGGCAGUGGACAAUAUCCAUCUGUGUGAAAUGGGAUUUGGUCGUCAGGACGACGGUUUCUACCUGUCACCAUUAUCAAUUGAUUGGUGAAGGAUUUUUGUUUCAACUGAUAAUUGAAUUAGGGCCAAAAUGAACCAUGUCUUACAUAGGUGUACAAUAUUGGCAACGAAAAUAAAUGGAAAAGAUAAGAGAAUAAAUCAUUUAAUUUGGUAUCAUUGAUUAAGACGCUAAAGGUAACUCUUAAAAUUUUAUUUAUAUUCCGAUCAGAGAAAGGUACAUCACAACAUGUUUGUGGAAAGAUGUUUAUUUUCAGUAAGAGAACAAGUUUCUGUGAUAUGUAAAGAAUGUGUAUACAAUGUUACAGUACUAUUGUUAUACUAUUUAAGUUGAUUAAAAAGUUUGGUUUUGUA